AGCGGUGCAGCUGCAGUUGAAUUCAGGAUGGCAUCAGGAAAGGCCCCCAAAAAGGAUCUGCUAAAGGCUGAGGAACAGCAGCAAGAGAGUGCUGUCAAUCGGGUAACCAGCUUGCCCUUGCUCAACUCUGCAUUCAACCUGGUCUCAUCUGCCUACAACUACACCAAGGAGACUCACCCUUACCUCAGUGGUGUCUGCAACGUGGCUGAGACCGUGGCUGCUGUGGCAGUAGGAAGUGUGGUUGGUGGGGCACAGCCCAUCCUGAACCAGCUUGAGCCACAAAUUGCACUUGUAAAUGAAUAUGCCUGUAAAGGGCUGGAUCAGCUGGAGGAGAACUUGCCUUUUCUUCAACAGCCAGCAGAUAAGGUGAUCUCAGACACCAAGCAGCUGGUGUCCACCAAAGUGACAUCUGCUAUGGAUGCUGCCUGUGAGGCAAGAGAAGCAGUGGCUGAUAAAGUGACUGAAGCAAUGGACCUGACCAAAGGGGCUGUUCAAGAUGGCGUUGAGAAGACCAAAUCAAUGGUCAGUUCUACAGUCAAUACAGCUCUGGAUGCUGCAGUGGGCCAAGCUGUGGCAGGUGGUGUGGAAUCUGUCCUGGGUAUGUCAGAAGAUCUGGUGGACCACUACCUCCCCCUGACAGAGGAGGAGCUAGGUGAGCUGGCCACCUCUGUGGAGGGCUUUGGUUUGGCUUCUGUGGAGGAGCAGAAGCGGCAGCAGAGUUACUUUGUGCGCCUGGGUUCCCUCUCUACCAAAGUGCGGCACCGAGCCUACCAGCACUCCCUCAGCAAACUGCAGCAUGUCAGGCAGAGCACCCAGGACACUCUCUCACGACUCCAGCUGGCAAUAAAACUGAUUGAAUCUGUGAAACAAGAAGUUGGCCAGAAGCUUCAGGAUGGGCAGGAGAAGCUCCAUCAGCUGUGGGUGGACUGGAGCCUGACCCAACCCAAAGGAAACCAAGUUAAAACUGCCUCCCAAGUAGAGGUGGAGUCACGGACUCUAGCUAUGCUGCAUAUCAUCACCAAGCAGCUCCAGCCUGUCUAUGAGAAUCUGAAAGCCAGCAUCCAAGGCCUUCCCAGCAACAUCCAAGAAGCUGUGUACAGGGCCACUAGAAAUGUCCACAAACUCCAUAAUUCUUUCUCCAGUGCUUUAUCCUUCCAGGACCUUUCCAGCACCACCCUGACCCGAAGCCAGGACCGUGUGGCAGAAGCCAGAAGGUCCCUCGAUGUCCUGUUUGAGUAUGUAACCCAGAACACACCUCUAAACUGGCUUGUGGGUCCCUUCAGGGCAAUAGCCAAAGUGUCACAGGAUAGCAGCAAGCAGAAGAAAGAGAUGGUGACUGAUGUAAGAACCCCUGUGUUGGUAAAGGCUCCAUCCUCAAAGGUGGUGGCUGAGACAGCUGGAACACCAAAGGGAGCAAACACAGUCCCAAGGGAAGGGUGUGAGGUGCUAGAGAAGGCAGAGAGAGAUACAGAGGUGGCACUGGCUGCAGAGAAAGGUGAUACAGAGGUGGCACUGGCAGCAAAGAAAGGUGAUACAGAGGUGACACGGGCUGCAGAGAAAGAUACAGAGGUGGCACUGGCUGCAGAGAAAGAAGAUACAGAGGUGACACUGGCUGCAAAGAAAGGUGAUACAGAGGUGGCACUGUCAGCAAAGGAGAUAAAAACUGAUGCACCAGAUGCAGAAGAUGAUCUCUAA